CUAGGCGUGUUUCCUGCUGCCAUUGACUGAACCGAGAGCUCGCAUCCUGCGGGAAAAAAAGCACAGCAAAUACACCUUAUCACACACGCUGCGAUCAUUUUGAUUUUCCUGCUCGAAGGACCCAUGCUUUUUAAUUAUUAUUUCAGUCAGGACUGAUUCACCAUUUUUUCCAGCAGCAAGGUAACAGCCUCAUUCAUGUGAGCACUGAGCAAAGCGCCUCUGUGAUGGAUCACUUAUGAUAUAUCGAGAUGAUAUGAAUGUCAGCCGGUCAAGGUCCGCUCUCUCAGUGCCACAACCACGGCUUGAUUUUUGGGCUUCUUGUGAUAAAGACCUGCCGCAAGCAUUUGGAUGAAUUUGAGAAAUAUUAUUGCGAUAUUCACUUGACAGCAAGGGAUUUUGAUUUUCCUGAAGCGGAGUGGGAGCCGUGCCACCGGGAUGACACGGUGCCGUGAGAGGACAAGCACUUAACUGGGAAUAGCCUUUGGAUUUUUUUGAAAUUAUUUUGAUGAUGUGACUCCUAAAAAUGCAAGAAAUGCCUCAAAGUCGCCGCCUCGUAGAGAAACCAUUAGUGUUGUUCAAUCAGUCGCUCCUUUGUUUUCCGAUGGACUGUGUGACACUUUGAUCCAGCUGUAUCUGUAGGACCACCAAGGGUGUAGGAUCCUGUGGGGCUCCAUCAGCAGCACUGUAUUGUCUGACUUGAAUCAUUGUAACACAGCUCCUAUUAUGCACACCCCAACUCCGCUACAAAUUAAACUUCCGUCGUAAAUAUCCGACACUUGUAACGCAUCGUUUCCAUUUGUGAAGCCAAGGAAUUUUGUCAUCCACCAAAGAGGGACUGCUGGCAUCAUGUCGGCGGUGAUGAUAACGAGAAAGGUGCGAAAAUGGGAGAAGCUCCCGGGCAAAAACACCUUCUGCUGCGAUGGACGGGUGAUGAUGGCCCGGCAGAAAGGCGUCUUCUACUUGACCCUCUUCCUCAUCAUCGGGACCUGUUCCCUGUUCUUUGCAUUCGAAUGUCCAUACCUGGCUGUCAAUCUGUCUCCUGCAAUCCCAGUUUUUGCUGCUCUGCUCUUCCUCUUUGUCAUGGCAAUGCUACUGAGGACCAGCUUCAGUGACCCGGGGGUGUUGCCACGGGCGCUCCCAGAGGAAGCUACCUUCAUCGAGAUGGAGAUCGAGGCUGCCAAUGGGAACGUCCCAGCAGGGCAGCGACCUCCACCUCGAAUCCGCAACGUCCAGAUCAACAACCAGAUUGUCAAGCUCAAGUACUGCUACACCUGCAAGAUCUUCCGACCCCCUCGCGCAUCUCACUGCAGUAUUUGCGACAACUGUGUUGACCGUUUUGACCACCACUGUCCCUGGGUGGGCAACUGUGUGGGCAAGAGGAACUACCGCUACUUCUACCUGUUCACCCUGUCACUCUCCCUGCUCACCAUUUACAUCUUCACCUUUGACAUCGUCCACGUGGUCAUGCGCUCAGUGGAUUCUGGCUUUUUGAACACUUUGAAGGAAACCCCUGGAACUGUGCUGGAGGUCCUGGUGUGUUUCUUUACCCUGUGGUCAGUGGUGGGACUGACUGGCUUCCACACCUACCUGAUCUCUCUCAACCAGACCACUAACGAGGACAUCAAAGGCUCGUGGUCGGGGAAAAACAGGGUGCAGAACCCCUACAGCCACAAGAACAUCAUCAAGAACUGCUGUGAGGUGCUCUGUGGGCCAGCGUACCCCAGCGUCUUGGACAGAAGAGGACUGAUGCAAGAGGAUUCGCCUGCCUCUGAAACCUCCCCACCCUCCUCCAGCAGUAUGAACUCAGUGCCACAAACCACGCAUGCAAUGCUCUGCUUACAGAAAACCACAGCCCCACUCAUCCCUAAUGAGCACACACCUGACGAUGUCAAGCCGAGCAUUGCUGACUCAGCAGAGAAGACCCCCUCACCCAAAGAGGAGGAAUCGCCUGCUCCCAAGUUACCACCCCUCGCUUCACCCGAGACGGAUGCAGAAACAUCCAUCAUCAAGGAUAAGGCCCACUAGCUGUGUGAAGGGGCGGCCUUUCUCUUAGCCCCUCCAUCAGCCACUCCCCCAGCCUCCUGCUUUGUCAGGAAGUGGAACAUUAAUAAUCAAUGUCUGAUUACUGUGCGGGUGACUCAGUUUUUCUCCGACUCCUGCCCUACAUUCCACCAGAAAAAGCGGAGUUUGUGCUGCAGCCCCUCCUCUUCCAUUUUCUCCCAACCAGUGGCUGCAGAGCUGUUUGAUUGACACGCACUCCUAUGGGAGGAUGUGUAAUCUAAUGGAAACUCAGCAGCUUCCUUUGUCCCCUGAACAUUGCAUGGAAAGACACACGGGGUGAAACUGCUGGAAGAACUGUAAAAA